UACAUGUUCCAGAUCAUUACAUCAACCCCUCUGGGAGUGAGGGACACCAAUGGUGGAAGUUCUAUGACCAAACAUCAAAAUCAUCAACCUCUUUCAGUCAACUCCAACAUCAAGGGGAAGAACAGGAUAACGGGCAAGGACGGUUUAAAACUAGACCAGAAAGCUCAGCUUUUAGUGGAAAAGCUGCAGAAAAUCUCCCUGUCAACAGAAAAGGUCGCCAACCAUUUUCCAAAAGCAUACAAAACACGAUCGCCGACUUACAACCGAGAAAAGUCGCAAACAUUGCGUAGAGGCAUCGCAGAUGUAGGGAGUGUGACUGCAGAGGUUGCGAGGAGAGCAGCUGAACCACGAAGCCGGGAGGAGAUUUCUGAAGUACCAGAUGGGAACCAAUCAUUGGAGAGCAGAUCUACGAAUCCUUGUAAACUAGAAACACCAAACCUCAAGACCGAAGAGCAUCUCAGUCAAGAGGAAUGGGAAUCCAAUUGUGAAGAAAUAGGGAGAUCUGUUUGUAAAAUCAUUGUGGAUGGUGUGUGUCAGGGAACAGGUUUUGUUCUCGUCGAUAGGCUAAUCAUGACAAGUGCACAUCUGUUCAGAGAUCCUGAGGAUUUAAAUAAGCUGCUGGUUCCCAAAGAGGUCAAUGUUGUCUUUGACCAAAAAACCAACAAGAGAAAACCUCAUCCUGGACCAGGUGAUGGGGGCAGUGACCCGGUUCUGGAUGAAGCAGGAGACGAGGAGGAAACCAGCAUGCUUUGCUUUACUGUGGAGGAAACAUUUGUUGAUAUUGAUAUAAUGCUGGAUUACGCGGUCCUUGCACUCAUACCUAAAGGCCAAGGAGCAAAGCAACCCCAAGUACCACCAGGUCUCCUAAGGAGAUUCGGACCAGUGCUGGGGAGUGGGGAUAUCUGUAUCAUCGGGUAUCCUUACGGAGGAGAGAAGACUUUUAAAUACACAUCUAUAAUUAACAAAGAAAAUAGGGAGAAGGUUAAGGAAGAGCAUUUAGCUCAAUACAAAGGCUUGAUUAUCACAGAGAAUUCUGUCAGAUUUAUUGCAGAGAACCAAGGAUUUAAUGACAUAAUAAUGGGUGGAUUCAAAGCAAACCAGGUGACAACUUAUUGUUCUUCCAUGUACGAAGGAACAUCAGGCUCUCCGGUUACCGGUAGGAACGGGCGCCAGGGCACAGUUAUAGCGAAGCACGUUGGCGGGUAUGGCUAUGGGUUUCCAAAGAUUACAAGGAGCGUGAUUGAGUUUGCCCAUCCACUGAUCACCAUAUUUAAAAAGCUUGUGGAUAAUCUAAAGGAAAAUGGAAAAGAGCAAUGGCUGGAUAAAGUCAGGUUGGAGGUGCAGAAAAACUUCCACCUUAAAAAGUUAAUUAAAUAGUUUAUUUGAGUCGAUAAGAAAGCACUGAAAGCAGACUUCUGAAGAAAAGCUGUCUGCUAACUCAACAAGCAGAGUUAGAUACUAUUUCUGUCAGGUCUAAGCACCUAAAACAUCAUACAUGCAUACAGGGAAAGAAAGAAGGCACAGGGACAAUUAAUUUAGUUACUCGCGAGGAGAAUAGGAAGGAGACUGCAGAGUUUACAAUCUCCACCCCACUCUGCAGUCUUCAGCUUUCUCCUUGCUAUUUAUUGAAGAAAAGGGGAUGUCCCUAAUUACAUCAGCUGAGGUUUAAUUAAAGGGAAAGGGAAACAAAAGGAACUUACUUUAAACCUCAGCACAUAUGUUAACACAAAGCAUGUGGUUGUUUUACAAUUUAAUUGUUCCAAGAACACAUGUUUAGAAGAAACAAGUGAUAGAAGAUGUUCAGGCCUCCUUCACAACCCGUCCGUUGCAUGACCUUUAUCUGGAAAAAUCUUAAGCAAGAGUUAAUAAAAGAUGAAUCACACAUUAUACAUCAUUAUAGUUCAUUAGAACACAACCCAUAAAACACAAAGUAUAAAUAAAAUAUUUCUAACAAUUUCCAACACUUUUUCUAUUAUAUUCAUGGGAAAUUAAUCAUGCAUAUCAUGCCCAUAAUACUGUUCAAGUCCUCCAACAAUUAAAAACUAUCAUAGAGGUAUAGGAACAGAAAGUAUAUACCAAAAUAGGAUAGGAUAAUACAUUUACAUUUCAAAGGACUAGUUUGUCCAAAUUAUAUUUUUCAAUGUUUUAUUGUGGUUAAAUUUGACUUUGUUUUGAAGCCAACAUUUGACCAGCAAGGAUAUGAAUUCAGUGUUUAAUUAACAUAGACCAUAUAAGUCUAGUUACAGUUUUAGAUAUCCCCAAUUAUAUAUCUGUACAAGAUAUGUCAUUUUAUUUUAUAAAAUUUCCUAAUAGGUACUGAUGGACAUCCCUAAAAUUGCUGGGAUCAGCUACCAUUGUGAAGAGUAUCAUGAAACUUUAACGCUUUCUUUUACAGUACACCAGUGGUGUAGUCUAUGUGAUAUGCGGGUAUAUACGCUGUAUACCCACUAGAAAAGCUUGUGAAUUUCCGUAUAACCACUUAAAAGUGCCCAAUAAUGCUGCGUUCACACCGGACGCAGCAGGAGCAGCGUGUUUACAUGCAAAGUCAAUGGUUGACGUGCGUCAAGGCGCAGCAAAAGGUCCCGAAGCGCGUUGAGUUUAUUACUUUAAUUUUUCUGUAGUUGAGUUAGCAUUAGCUUGCGUGACCAGCUCUGUGAUGCUGGUUUUCCUUCAGUAUGAGCGCCACAAGCGUCACGUGACUAAGGAAAUGUAACGGGAUUGGCUGGGUGUUGGACGCCACAAUCCAUUGCUAAUGUCUGUGACCUGAAGUAACCCUUCC